GGCAAAAGACGACGGACUUGGAUUGAGUCAUAGCGGGUAUUGGUAUUGAUUGAUGUGAUAUUUGACCUGCGACCCGCCCCAAGCCAAGAAAACAGUAGAUCGAACCUAUGGAGAUAACUGUACCACGGAUGGGAAAUCUCUGCUGGUGUUUGGGCUCUAAACCCCGGGAUACUGCUGCUGUUGUUGGAUAAUCGAGCUUGAUGCCACAUGCGGCGUCACCAUAAGAUACGAUGAGACGACGGUCCAACAAAUAGUCUUUGCUUAGUGUAUAUCUAUGCGAUGCUGCCAUUUCGAAUAAAAGAGAGGUAGUUAAUAUAACUACCUACCUACCUUUUUAACUAGUCUGGCUUUCUCCCGUCCUGGUGUUCGCUCCCUAUACGCCUAAAGAAUGGGAAAAAACAAGGUCAAUCUAGCAAUACCGAUGAGCAGCAGCAACAACAACAAUAACAGCAACAACGUUGCCACAGAGCAAAAAACCGAAGAGUCGAACUCCGAAUCGACCCAGAACGUCGAGUCCAGCCCGGCACGCAAUGCCUCUCUCCAAGAAAAAUCCGAGCCGCAAGAGCGGUCCGUACGGGGAUUCCGUUGGUUCCUAAUCUGCCUGUCUAUCUUCUCGGCGAACCUGCUCUUUGGCCUCGACAACACCAUCGCCGCGGACAUCCAGGGCGCCGUAUCCGAGACGUACCAGAACACGGGGCAGCUAGGCUGGCUGGGCGUGGGGUUUACUCUAGGCUCGGCCGCGGGGAUCCUGCCAAUCGGAAAGUCAUACGCCAUCUUCGACAACAGAUGGGUGUUCAUCGCGUGUCUGGUUAAUUUUGCCGCGGCUAGCGCCCUGUGCGGCGCGGCGCCAAAUAUGAAUGCUAUGAUUGUCGGGAGAGUGUGGGCUGGGUUUGGGGGGUCCGGGAUGUAUUUGGGUACGCUGAAUAUCUCGACGGCUCUUGUGCUCCCGAAGGAACAGCCUGUUUAUGUAGCGGGAACGGGGUUUAUUUACGGGGCGGGAGCUAUUCUUGGACCGGUUGUGGGGGGUCUUCUUGCUGAUAGUCCAGCGACGUGGAGAUGGGCUUUCUAUCUCAACCUCGUCAUCUUCGGCGCCAUGUCGCCCAUCUACUUGUUCCUGGUCCCCUCCGUUCCGCGUCGACCGGAGAUGUCGUUCCUCGAGAAGGCAAAGCUAAUGGAUUGGCUUGGGAUCUUUCUCAACUCGGCCAUGUACUCCUGCUUCACGGUGGCCUUCCUUUUCGGCGGCGUCGAAUGGGCCUGGAACAAUGGGCGCACUAUCACUCUAAUCGUGCUGGCUUUCGUCCUACUUAUCGCCUUCGUACUUACGCAGAAGUUCGCUAUCCUAACUGAUAAAGUCAACAGGCUGUUCCCGUGCAGCUUUUUGCGAAACCCGCAGCUCGUGCUCAUGUAUAUCCUUAUGUUCUGCAGUGGUUUGAGCUUGUUUGUUGCUGUUUACUAUAUCCCGUUUUACUACCUCUUCGCACGCGGUGAGAGUGGUACUCAAGCUGCCAUCCGCUUGUUGCCUUAUAUCUGCUUCUACGUUGCGGCCAUCCUAAUCUGUGGUGCCGUUAUGGGGCGCGUUGGUUACCAUAUUGUGUGGUUCCUGCUCUCGGGGCUGUUCCUUACGGCCGGUUCGGCAGCCAUGUACACCGUGGACCCUUACACGUCAAACGCGAAGAUCAUAGGGUUUUCGAUCCUUCUGGCAGUCGGAAUGACGGCGUCUCAAGCGCCAUAUGCCAUCGGCCACUUACUAGUAGAACCUGAACUCGCAGCGGACCUAAUCCAAUACAUCAACAUCUCGCAAGGCUCGUCGCAACUAGUUGGUUUAGUUAUUGCGAGCGCGAUCUUCCAGGCCGAGGCGUUCUCCGGAAUCCGGGCGAUCUUGCCCGCGGACCGCUACACUGACGCAGAUAUCCAAGCAGCAGUCGCGGGCGCGCGAAGCGAGGUGUUAACUCAAGCAUCGCCCGAGAUCCGCGCAGCUGCUAUUGCUGUCAUUGUGAAGGCCAUCGACAAAAUUUGGAUCGUGGUCAUAGUUGCUUCUGCAUUAUUUACGGUAUGCACGCUGUUCUUAACGCGCGAGCGCUUCGUUAACCCUAAGGGGCGGCAUGGCGAGGAUAGCGGACCUGCGAUGAUGAUCUUCUAAGAAUCCUCUCGCACGAUCUAGGGGUGGGAACUCACAUCUGGGAUGUGUUGGAGGUAACCAAAUGUUCCCCUUUGUAUCAACUAACUACAGGUAUAGAGGCAGGGUUUUAGUACCUAUAGUCUAAUAGUCACUUGUUUUAAUGGUUGCUCCUAACUAGGUACAUAGCUAGCUUGGGUAAUAGACUAUAGGUAGAUAGGCUGUCUUAAAAGGGGAGGGGUGGUACUUAUAGGUGAUAAUUUAGUUUGGGUUUAUACUUCUUUAAGGCCCAUUUUGGCCGUGUUAAUAUAGCUGAAAAGUCUUUUUAUACAAGUAUAUAAUGAUAUUUUAAAGCAUAACUACAGGUUUAAUAUUAGCUGUUAAAUUUAAAUUCUCCUCU